AUGGAUGCGCGCAACUUAGCUACUGUGAUUGCACCCAACCUAUUCGCUUCGCAUGCUCCGACUGACGAAGAUACCCAUUCAUUGCUUGAUCGCCUCCAGUUACAGGCUGCUUUCGUUUAUUGUCUCAUAACCCAACUUGAUGUAGCCUUGGAAAGUUCCCAGCUAGCUGGCGAAGAGGCAACUGACAACUCAGUGGUUUCGAGUUCAAAUCUUGGCGUCUGUAGAGAACUCGUCGAUUCCUCAGCUGCACCGAGAUGA